AUGUCCAGAAGGAAGCUUUUAAGGUCGUUCGUCAUCGAGCGACUAACGGCGGCGGCUGAGGAGAUAAUGGGAGCCGUCGAGAGGAGGAUGGAGGAGCAGGAGGAGGAGAUAGAGCGACAGAGGAGACUGCUGGACGCUGUCCUGAAGCCCAGCGUUACCUUACACAGAACAGACUUUGUACAGUUAUCUGAUCAGCAGCAUCUUGAGCAGGAGUGGAGCCCCAGUUUGUCCAUGGAGGAACAACAGAAACUCUGGAUCAGUCCACAGGAAGACAAACUUCCAUUGAAGGAGAUAGAUGAUACCGUUGAAUCCAUAUUUACCCCUCUUCAUGAUGGAAAUGGUGAUUGUAAGGCUCAGCCUCUGCCCUCGCAACUCUGCCAAAUCGAAACAGAGGAAGACACAGAGCCCUCUUCUGUCAUCUCAUUUGGACUGAUACAACUGGAUGCCAAAGAAGACAACUUUUUAAUAUCAGAACCAAGAAAUGACCACCAUACCCUCUCUAACUGCUGUCAUGUAACCAAGAGUGAAGCUGACCAUAUUUGCAGUCUUCAAAACUGUGAGGAAGUGGGUUCAGCUCGGAAAGCAAGGCUGAAGCCUCACAAAAAGCCCUACAAAAAAUGCGAGAUUUGUGGUAAAGUGCUUUAUAAUUUGGAAAUUUUCAAAAUUCACAUGACAUUUCACACAGGGGAAAAGCCUUUCAAAUGCACCACUUGUGGGAGAGAUUUUACCUGGAAGUAUGACAUGAAGAGGCAUACAAGGACUCAUGCAGGGGGGAAGCCAUUCAGAUGCAACACAUGCAGGAAAAUGUUUAACCGGAAGUCAAAUUUAUUAGAACACGUAAGGAUUCAUACAGGGGACAAGCCAUUCGGUUGCACCAAGUGUGGGAAAAUGUUUAACCGGAAGUCAUAUUUAUUAAAACACGUAAGGACUCAUUCAGGGGACAAGCCAUUCGGUUGCACCACGUGUGGCAAAAUGUUUACCCAGAAGUCAAGUUUACUACGACACGUAAGGAUUCAUACAGGGGAGAAGCCAUUCACAUGCACCACAUGCGGGAAAAUGUUUACCCUUAAGUCAAAUUUACUACUACACGUAAGAACUCAUACAGGGGAGAAGCCAUUCGGAUGCACCACGUGCGGGAAAAUGUUUACCCAGAAGUCAAAUUUACUACUACACAUAAGAACUCAUACAGGGGAGAAGCCAUUCACAUGCACCACAUGCGGGAAAAUGUUUACACUUAAUUCAAAUUUACUACUACACGUAAGAAGUCAUACAGGGGAGAAGCCAUUCGGUUGCACCACGUGCGGGAAAAUGUUUACCCAGAAGUCAAAUUUACAAACGCAUGUAAGAACUCAUACAGGGGAGAAGCCAUUCACAUGCACCACGUGCGGGAAAAUGUUUAGCCAGAAGUCAAAAUUACUACUACACAUAAGGACUCAUACAGGGGAGAAGCCAUUCGGAUGCACCACAUGCGGGAAAAUGUUUACCCAGAAGUCAAAUUUACAAACGCAUGUAAGAACUCAUACAGGGGAGAAGCCAUUCACAUGCGCCACGUGCGGGAAAAUGUUUACCCAUAAGUCAAAAUUACUAAAACACGUAAGGACUCAUACAGGGGAGAAGCCAUUCAGGUGCUGCGACUGUGGAAAAGGGUUCAGCUUAAAAUGGCGUCUCAAACAACAUGUCAUGACCCACACAGGUGAGAGGCCUCACAGGUCAGGUCACUGCAAAAAGAAGAUAACUGACUAUUCAUCUUAA